UCGCACAGACUGAAGCGUGUCUGCAGCUCUUCCAUCAGUAACCGGACUAGGCCGACAUGAACACGGAGGAGACCAACGUAGAGAUGAAGGAUGCUGAGCACAAGGACGAGGCGGGUCCCGCUCAGGUGGAUGCUGAUGCCACGGAGGCCGAUGUGAGCGAGGCAGAUCUGGACCAGGAGGAGCAGGAGAAGCAGCCGAUGACGGGAGGAGACCAGGCCGCCGACACACCCUCUGCCAGCGGGCAGGAGGCACCGACGACGGCGGAGAAGAAUGGCUUGGUAAAGCUGAAGAUCCCCGACGAGGAGGAGGAGGUGAAAUUCACUGGGCUGAACAAGGAGGAGCUGAUGAGGGUGGCGGGCACCCCGGGCUGGGUGAGGACCCGCUGGGCGCUGCUGGUGGUGUUCUGGCUCGGCUGGUUGGGGAUGCUGGUGGGGGCCGUCCUCAUCAUCCUGCAGGCCCCUCGCUGCAAAGAUCUGCCCAACACCAACUGGUGGAACGAUGGGCCUCUGUACCAGAUUGGAAACAUCCAGGCUUUCACCGACACCCACAACCUGAAAGGCCUGGAACAAAAGGUCAACAGUUUGGCUCAGCUGAAAGUCAAAGGGCUGGUGGUCGGGCCGAUCCACGUGGCGCCUCCGGAUGAAGCUGUGAACCUGAGCUUUGAGGAGAUUUCCCCCGAGGCUGGAAACCUGGACCAGUUUAAGGGUUUCGUCCAGGCUGCUCAUAAAAAGGGUGUUUUUGUGGUUCUGGAUUUGACUCCAAACUACCUGGGCUCGUCCGGGCCCUGGUUCUCCAACAGCAGUGUGACGAUUGUAGCAGAGAGACUGAAGUCUGCUCUGGUGUUCUGGCUGGACGAAGGCGUGGAUGGCAUCCAGCUGUCAGGGGUGGAGCGCGUGGCCACAGUGUUGCCGUCUCUUUGGAACGACAUCCGAGCCAUCGUGCAGAACAGGACGGACAAGCAUCCCAACAGCAGAGUCUUGAUUGGCGUCACAGACCGCUCCUCUGCUGAAGAUGUGUCCACCCUCCUCUCUUCCACGGGUGUUGACCUCCUGAUCUCCCGGGUCCUUCAUUCACGUGACACGGAUGUCACGGAGCUCGCUCGCUCUAUCCAGCACUUGUAUUCGUCCCAGAGUCAGAUGAAUCUCGCCUGGAAUCUGGGGGGGCGGCUCGAGGGUCACAUGGCUUCACUGGUGGGCCCAGCUCUAGUUAAACUGCAUCAGUUGCUGCUGCUGACAUUGCCCGGGACGCCCAUCUUCAGCUACGGAGAUGAGAUAGGUCUGAUGGACGAGGGCACCAAGUUUCCCAAGAUGCUUUGGGACUCCAAUGAGGAGCUGAAUGGGACUCUGCAGGAGGAGCGGGCUGAGCGCCUGACCUGUCGCAGGUUUUUCAGCACUGUGAGUGAGCUGCGGGGUAAAGAGCGUUCCCUGCUGUUUGGAGACUUCAUCCUCCUUUUUAACUCCUCCUCCUCCCUGGCUUACCUGCGGGUGUGGGAUCAGAACGAGCGUUACCUCGCCGCCUUCAACUGGGCUGCAGAGGAGUCAGCGGUGCUGCAGCUGAGCCACACAGUGCUGCCCCCGACGGCUGUGGUUGUUCUCAGCACCAACAGCAGCACAAUGCCUGCCGACAGCAGCGUGGAUCUUACAAACCUGCGGCUUGGCCCCGGGGAAGCUGCGCUACUCAAGUUUCCCUACACGGGAUAGAAAAGAUACUAGCAGAGAUUAGAUGUUGAUGAAAGUCU